AUGUGGAAUCUCAGAGAUGCACCUGUUCUUCUGCCGUACUUUAUUGAUGAUCAACCAAUUAAGGAUGUUGAGAAUCACAAGGACCUUGGAGUUCGUGUGGAUGCCUCACUUAAGUUCCACCUCCAUGUUAGAGAAAUUGCUAGGAAGGUUAGCGGCGUUGGGUUCUCUAUCUGGAAGGGAACAGUCUGCAGAUCUCCUGAUUUUAUGAAAACAGUCUUUAUUUCUCACAUUUGCCCCGUCAUCGAUUUCGCUUCUGUGGCUUGGUUCACUGGUUACCCUGGAGAUCUCAAAUUACUGGAAGUUGUCCAGAGACGGUGGACCAAGAAAAUUGAGGGAUACCAAGAUUUGUCUUAUAGUCAUGUGCAAGUUUUUGAGGCGACAUCCAGCUACAAUGCUCAGCGGGACUGUGAGCUCUUUGAAGAGGGAGACUUGUUGUUUGUACUGGACCGUAAUGAUCCUAAGUGGUGGCUAGCCAGCAGUAAUAGGAAGAAGGGCUACAUCCCUAGUGAUCUUGUGAGCAGCGACAAUGUUAAAAUGCUCAUUGUGGAUGCUGCCAGGAGAGGUAACUAUGAGUUGCUGGAUGAAUGCCUGGAAGCUGGAGUGUCUGUCAAUGCCCUGGACAAGGCUGGCUGUUCUGCCCUGCAUGGUGCAGCUCAUGCUGGUCACUUUGAUUGUGUCAUGAGACUCCUGAAGGAGCCCAAGUUGGAGAUAAACCUGCAGAAUAAAAUUGGGGACACUCCUCUGCACUGUGCUGCAGUGAAAGGCCACUUAGAGGUGGUGAAGGUAUUACUGCAACAUGGUGCCAAUUCUGAUUUGAUCAACAGGGAGAAUCAUACACCUCGCAGCUUGGCUAAGAGAGGCACCAUUAUUACAUUGCUUGACCAGGGCCUGGAAUAUGAAGAAACAGAACGUCAAGGUGAUGAUCCAGCAGACUCAGAGGACUCUGACUGAAUGGUAAAAUUGUGAAUUAUUAUUAAUGUGCCUUACAGAAUCUUUGUAUGUAUUUGAUCUACUGUUGUUAGUUUUAGUUAUGUCAACAGAUUAAUAUAGUUUAUACAUAUCCACUAUAAGAAGGGAAGUAGUGACCCUAAGUAUAGUUUACAUUCACAUUGUUACGAUAAUGUGAUGACAAAUUAUUACAUCCUAGGUCUGUGUACAAAUACAUUUCUUGCUGACAAAUUAAUAGUAUUAUGCUACCUUAAAGAGAUAGUGAUAAUGAUAAAUGAAUCCAAACUAUGAUAUGUAUUGUUAUGGUACUUAUGUCUCUGUAUAGUUUUAUGCGGAGCAGCAUUUCUCUUUUUCCUCAGCUUUCCUUGUCCAUCCUAUCCUUUUAUGAUAUUGUUUUGUAUUUUAAGGCUUAAGCUGUAAGUUUGAACUGAAGUUCUCACUACUCUGAUGACAAAAGUAAUCCAGAUACAAUAUAUAGUUCAUAGUCAUGAAAAAUUUACUUUUGCAAGUCCUAGGUUUUAUUACAUAUGUAUUAGCUGAUGUCAGAAUGAAAUGGUAGCAUUGCAGCAUUUGUGAUGUGUCCAGGAUUGAUUCUUGAGGACUUGAGUUGGAGAGGUAACUUGGGAUAGAGCCAGAGAGUCUAAAGAGAUUAGAUAGCCUUUAAACAGUUACAUACUAUCACUUAUUAUUAGCAGUAUAGAUUGGUAGCGAAAUCUGAUUUAAGGUUGAGACAAAUUCUAGAUCCAAUAUUGAUCAUUUUGAAGACAGACAAUCAAAAAUGUAUGUGAGUAUUGCUGAUCUAACACACAGAAGGUGGGAAUGUAAUUGUGAAUGUAAUACUGUAUAUUGUAAAAGCAUCUACUAUGAGCGAGACAUUUGAUACAAUGUUCCUUUUGCCCGAAUGUUGGAACUUUUGUGAUACAUAGAAAAAAAUAAGAUAUUAUAAUUUAA